ACAGACUACAUUCCUCAGUACAAACACAAGGUUAGAAAGAGCUGGGUGUUUGAAACUCACAGUCACUGUGACCGAGAGGAGAAAUGGAGCAGAACCAGCUGGACCGAGAAACCUUGUCCUGUUCGAUCUGUCUGGAUCUAAUGAAGGAUCCGGUGACUAUUCCCUGUGGACACAGCUACUGUAUGAAGUGUAUUAAAAACUUCUGGGAUGAAGAGGAUCACAAAGGAAUCCACAGCUGCCCUCAGUGCAGGGAGACCUUCAUACCGAGACCCGUUCUGAAGAAAAACACCAUGUUAGCAGCUUUAGUGGAGCAGCUGAAGAAGACUGGACUCCAAGCUGCUCCUGCUGAUCUCUGCUAUGCCGGACCUGAAGAUGUGGCCUGUGAUUUCAGCUCUGGAAGAAAACUGAAAGAACAUAACGAACACAGAGGCCCCGACACAGUCUUAGCUGCAGCAGAAAGGACUGAGAGGCAGAGAGAGCUGGAAGUGAUACGAAAAAACAUCCAGCAGAGAAUCCAGGACAGAGAGAAAGAUGUGAAGCUGCUUCAACAGGAGCUGGAGGCCAUCAAGCACUCUGCUGAUAAAACAGUGGAGGACAGUGAGAAGAUCUUCACUCAGCUGAUCCGUCUCAUCCAGAAAAGAAGCUCUGAUGUGAAGCAGCAGAUCAGAUCCCAGCAGGAAACUGAAGGGAGUCGAGUCAAAGAGCUUCAGGAGAAGCUGGAGCAGGAGAUCACUGAGCUGAAGAGGAAAGACGCUGAGCUGAAGCAGCUCUCAGACACAGAUGAUCACAACCAGUUUCUCCACAACUACCCCUCACUGUCAGCACUCAGUGAGUCUACACACUCAUCAAGCAUCAAUAUCUUACCUCCGUGCUUUGAGGAUGUGACAGCAGCUGUGUCAGAGCUCAGAGAUCAACUACAGGACAUCCUGAGAGACGCAUGGACAAACAUCUCACUGAGACUCACUGAGGUGGAUGUUUCACUGUCAGAACCAGAACCAAAGAGCAGAGCUGGAUUCUUGAGAUAUUCAUGUGAAAUCACACUGGAUCCAAACACAGUACACAGUGAGCUGUUACUAUCAGAGGGGAACAGGAAGGUGACAAGGAUGGAUCAACCUCAGUCUUAUUCUAGUAUUCCAGACAGAUUUACUAAGUGCCAUCAAGUCCUGAGUAGAGAGAGUCUGACUGGACGUUGUUACUGGGAGGUGGAGAAGACAGGGAAAGCUUCUGUAGCAGUCGCAUACAAGAACAUUGGCAGAGGAGUGAACUGGAAAGUAAGUGGAUUUGGACGUUCUGACAAAACUUGGGGAUUAACAUGUUCCCCUGACAGACAUAAUUUUAUUCACAACAACAUCUGGACCCCCAUCUCAGGUCCUGUUUCCUCCAGAGUAGGAGUGUACCUGGAUCACAGAGCAGGUAUUCUGUCCUUCUACAGCAUCUCUGAAACCAUGACUCUCCUCUACAGAGUCCAGACCACCUUCACUCAACCGCUACAUGCUGGACUUUGGUUGGCUUUAAAUUCAAGUGCUAAGAUUUGUAAACUCAAAUAGACAAAAAAAAAAAAA